AUGCUGCAACUAAAGAAGUGCUCAAUGAUCAUCCUGCUGGACCUCAUGAUCAGCUGCAUUGCUGUCGCUCCACGAUCAGAUAUUGAGCACAUCUCUCCUCAGGCGACUGAUGCUAAAGCUGAUACAGCUGUGCUGUUUGCUCCAAUACACGAUAUGCUACAAUCUCUGGUCAUGCGCCCGAGCUGCUUCCGCAAUGCCACGCUACGAUUGAUUGACGACUGCAAGUCGAUUGCCAUGGAGCUGGAUGAGGCCAAGAAGGCUGAAUACGCUGUGGCACUCACGAUCUGCGAGCUAAACACCGCAGGUGUAGAAGGUCCGCCAGCAUGUAGCCCACCAGAGUAUCAAGCUGCCUUAUGUUUGCGGUCACUAGAGUCCCGCAUGCAAUGGUGGACUUCGUAUUCUGGCUAUUACCGUGAUGUGACAAAGAUGUGCUAUGUGGCACGCCAAGAUGACGAACAAUUCAAUGUUCUCGCACUGCAUCGGAAUCUGACAAGCAUUGUCGAAUCACUUAUGGCGCAGCUUCGAAGCGAGCAAGCUCAAGCGCAACAAGAGAAGUCUGCUGCAGCAGCAGAUCAACAGUACUUCCAGUCAGAGCUGAGGCAACAAUGGGUGGACCUUGGCACUGAUGCUGAGAUCGCCAAGGCAUCAGUCUUGGCUCACUAUAAUAGCAUGCAACAAGCCGCGGUGGCCAUUUUGGCGUCUCUGGAUCCUGCAGUCACUCAAAUCCUCGAAAAUUUGAAUGAUCGCGCAAACGGGGCCGUAAGUUCGCUUGAAACCUUCGAGCUGCAGACCAUGGAGAGAAUAGCCCAAGCAUUCGACGACCUAACGAGGAUUUCAUCUGCAUCUGCUCUGACCCAGGUUUCUCAGAUUCAAAGAGCGCUUGAUGAGGCCCUUGGUUCCGCGCAGAGUGUCAUGGAAGUGUCGAACGAUCUUAAAUCAAUCGCAGACAUGGUGAAUGCACAGAAAAGCGCACAAGAAUUGAACGGCUUGCAAUUGAAGUCCCAGGCUCAAGACUUGCAUGCCUUUGCACAGUUGAUGCCUCAACUGUCACAGAUCUCCCAUCUCGGUCAAGCACUCGCUGAUGCUGAGGCUGGCAUGACUCAUUUCCAUCAGACACUUGCUGCAAACCGCGAAGCUGCGAGAGAGCAACACGAUGAAGCGAUGGCGUUUGUCCGCACAGUCGUGCAAGAGGUCUCUGGUAGCCUGACACAUGUCGUCCAUGAGGUGGAGCAACUGGAAGAGCGGCUAAGUAAGUGGUCGAUGAGUUCGACAUUGUUUCCUACGGUCAUUGUGCUGGCUAUUGCAAGCCUGAGUCGAUGGGCCAGACUGGCUAUUGUCUUUGGCUUGCUCAUCUAUUUGGCGCAGUUCUACUCUGCUUGGCGAGGCGUUGUGAAUGUCGCGUGGCCUGUUCUUGCGCAAGCUGAUGGAGUAUUUGCACGAAACGUCACUAUCGACCAGGUGUACAAGACUGCUGCGGCGGGCUGUUUCCUGGUUGUUGUGCUUUUCAUUCGGCGUUGGAGAUUGAGCAGAAGUUCUGUGUCAAGACGUGGAGGCCAUGCAUCAAAACACGUUCUUCCCAUCAAUAGCCCUUCAGUACGGCAAUGGCAAUUUGUUCACGCGGAUCAAAGGACAUUCAAGUGGCACGAACAGAGCAUUGAAGAAGAGUCAUAA